UCAAAACAAGGGCGUGUUUCCCCAAUUAAUGUUUUGGUAUUUUUCUUUCGCUUUACCUCGCUCAACCAGUUUGGCGCGCCGGGACGCCAUUAGCAUAAUAAUGCUACUUUCGAUAGCCCGAGGAAGGAUCCUCAUCCUCCUCCUCCUCAUCUUCAUCAUGUUGUUAUUAUUACGUGACUGCUUUCCUGGCGGAGACGUCUUGCAGGUUCUGUCGGAUUCUGUGCCAGAAGCAAACGAGGGACUGGAAGAAGAAGAAGUGCUGGCGGCCGCGCGACUCCUUCCUCCGUUCGGCCUCCGAACCCAACCCGGUGGAACCUGUUCCCACUUUGCCGCCCGCUUCAUUCAUUCGAGCGUCAAGCGCGCUCCGCCUGCUUUUCUUUCACCACCGCCGCCGCUUUGGGGUUGACCGACCCGAGGGAUUUGAACCUGGUUCCUUCGCUUUCCAGAGGGCAGCCUUUGGGGUCAAAAUGAUGCAAGAGGUGUCGGUAACGUUGUCCUGCGACGCUCAGCUGGUGGAGCAAAUGACCGAGGAGGAGAUCCUGGCCUGCCUGGUGGCCGAAACGGGACCCCACUUCGCGGAGGUCCCAACGAAGAAAGCCAAACUGAGAGAAAGCCGCCUUCAACUGAUGGACGAGGCGGACGAGGAAGACCCCCUCAACAAAUGCCAGAUGGAGAACCGCCGUCUUCAGCAGACCAGCCUCCGUCUGGAACAGGAGAACGACAACCUGGCCCACAGGCUCAUCACUAGCAAAGUAGCCCUCAGGAGCGCCCUGGACAAGGCGGAGGACAGCGUUGAGAAGCUCACCAGUGACCUUAUGCUGACUCGACGUCAACUGCAGGCCACUGAGGAGGAGAAGCAAGGGAAGGAUGAAGAGGCAUCCAUGUUGAAGGAAGUGUUGCGACGGGAGCUGGAGCGGGCCGAGCAAGAAGUGAAGCGGUCGUCAGGCAUCAUCGCGGACUACAAGCAGAUCUGCUCUCAGCUGACGACUCGUCUGGAGAGGCAACAGGACGCGCACGCGCAAGAAGUGCGCUCGCUCAAGAGUGCAGUGAAGGCCUGUCCACGUUGUUCUCAUCACGUGGCGGAAUACCAAGAAGGCGAAGCCUCGGAUUGCCGGUCCGACGCGCCAACUUCGCCCUCACAUGACCGCGGCGCAGCGGUGGCGCCGGGAUGGGAACAGCAACAUUCGGGUCCAACCGAGGCGGAACUGAGGCGGGAGAACCAGGAGAGGGCCUCCCUCAAGGCUCAGAUCAGGCAGUUGGAGAAGGAGCUGGCUCAGACGAAAUUACAGGUGGUGGAGGCCAACUGUAAGAUCCAGGUACACUUUUUAUCUGAAGAAAAAAUUAAAAUCCGAGAUUUAAAAUAAUGCCGUUUCAAUCAUGACAUUGGAACUUUAAGACAGAGAAUAAAAUCUUUUGACACUCCAGAUAUGAAGAAAUGUGGUCAUGCGGUAAAACGAAACCCAGAACGUGAGGACAAACUCCAAAUUUUACCAGAAAAAUUUGGAAUGUGACCACAAACAUGAAAUGUUUUGAGAAGAGUUUCAGAAGUCAAAAUGUGACGGGAAAUAU